UCGCGAUUCGUGUUUUACUGUUCCCAACCGCCGAAGCAAAAUUCCGUUGCUUUUUGUUUCUUCUAUACGAUUUUCCGCUCUCUCGCUCCUUUUCUCGUCUUCGAUUUUCCCGGAAAAUAUCCAUUGUGAUUUUCCCGGAUAAUGUUCAGCACAGGGUAGUGGUUUCCAUACAGAAAAGGCAGAAGGAGAGAAAGCUAAUUGAACCAGAAGGUUAUGUGGGAGUGAGACACUUCUCAUUGUUUGAAAUAUAGUAAAGCAUAGAGUUGAUUCAAAUCAAGGGAAGGCUAUUUUUACUACAAAGUUUAAGCUUCGGCUAAAUGGGUUUGAUGGAUAUUCUAUGUUCUUCCAUAUUUCUUUUUACGGUCGUUGAGUCCACUAGCAGAUUCGGGAGUAUGCGGCCCUUAAACAUAGGUGUGGAGUCUGCAGGAGCAGUCAGCUGGACAGUCUUCAGUUCAAGUAUAUUUGUGCUUGUUGCUCUUGUUCUCUCCAUGUAUCUAAUAUUCGAGCAUCUAGCUGCCUAUAAUCAGCCCGAGGAGCAGAAGUUUUUGAUUGGUCUCAUUUUAAUGGUUCCUGUUUAUGCAUUGGAAUCGUUUUUGUCGCUAUUGGAUUCCAGUGCUGCAUUCAACUGUGAAGUUAUCCGGGACUGCUAUGAGGCUUUUGCAUUAUAUUGCUUUGAAAGAUACUUGAUCGCUUGCUUAGGUGGUGAGGACAAAACAAUUCAAUUUAUGGAAAGAUUGAGCCUAACAGACUCCAGCACUCCUCUCCUGAAAGAAGCAUACGCAUAUGGAGUUGUAGAGCAUCCGUUUCCUUUAAAUUGCUUCUUAAGAGAUUGGUAUCUUGGUCCUGACUUCUAUCAAUCUGUGAAAAUUGGCAUUGUACAAUAUAUGAUGCUGAAAAUGAUCUGUGCAUUGCUGGCAAUGCUCCUCCAGUCUUUUGGGGUUUAUGGAGAGGGGAAAUUUGAUUGGAGAUAUGGGUAUCCCUACUUGGCAAUUAUUCUUAAUUUUAGUCAGACAUGGGCCCUGUAUUGCCUUGUGCAGUUCUAUUCUGUUAUUAAAGAUAAACUGGAGCCAAUCAAACCAUUAGCAAAAUUUCUAACCUUCAAGUCAAUUAUCUUCUUGACAUGGUGGCAAGGUGUGGCUGUUGCAUUUCUUUUUUCUAUGGGAGCAUUUAAAGGGUCAUUGGCUCAAGAGCUAAAAACACGUAUACAAGAUUAUAUCAUCUGCAUAGAGAUGGGCGUUGCUGCUGUUGUGCACCUUUAUGUCUUUCCUGCAGUACCUUACAAAAGAGGAGACAGGUGUUUUCGCAAUGUAGCAGUGAUGGCUGACUAUGCAUCACUAGGAUCACCUCCUGAUCCUGCAGAGGUUCGAGACAGUGAGCGCUCAACUAGAAUGCGACUGGGUCGACAUGGGGAGAAAGAUAAGCAGCGUAUGAGAUUUACCCAUAAUGUUCGUGAUGUGGUUCUCGGAAGUGGUGAAAUUAUUGUAGAUGACGUGAAAUUUACUGUUUCACAUGUGGUCGAACCUGUUGAAAGGGGUUUUGCCAAGAUAAACCAAACCUUUCAUCAGAUAUCAGAAAAUGUGAAACGCCAUGAUGAGGAGCGGAGGAGAAACACCAAGGAUGAUAGUUACCUUAUUCCCUUGCGUUCAUGGACAACUGAAUUUUCUGAUGUUCGUGAUACACUUGUGGAAGGAAGUGGAAGUGUAAGUGAUAGUGGUUUGUCUAGUGGAAAGAGACAUGUCCAAUCCAAAGCAUCAAGCUCCAGGAUGAGAAGAUAGUGUUUAACAGUUCAACAACCACUUUAGUUUUGCACAUAUAUAAGAGAAAAUUCUAAUAGAUUUUGACGUCAAAUAGAAAACCAAAACAAAAUGGAAUGAAGAGGGUUGCGCCAGAUGAUGGAAAAUGUAUAUAAUCGGCAUUGGCAAUGGCAUGUGGAGGGCUGAUAACAAUUUCCACGGUUAUCUAAAGUGUGAGACUGAUGGAUUAUUAUGUAUAAUGCUUGGUCUUGGACCAAUUCAUAUCAUGGGCAUAGGCCCCUCCAAGUAAUGAAUGAAUUGAGAAGAGGGGGGGGGUUUAUUUUGGUACCCCCGGAAACUCUUCCAGAAAUUAAUUUCCAGAAGUCAAUAUUGUGCCCCAAGUGGGAAAUCUAUAUAUAGGACACAGGUGAACUUUGGUUUUUACUGAAAUGGUUUAUUUACACAUUGUUGAGCAAAUCUUCAGUACUACAGCCAAUCUCUGCACACUUGUGGUUUGAUUAAGUAAGCGUUUGAAUUUUUGUUGAA